AUAUGGCCUUGCGCUAUGAAACAACCACGCCCCAGCCUCAUUCAGUUUAUUGGCAAACGUUGCACUGUAAGUUUCAGUUGUAGAUCUCGAUUUGAUACAUAUUAUAAUGAUCCAGUACUUACUUCGUUCUUGAACACGAUUACCUACCACUGCUCAGCAGACAAAAUACAGUCCGAAGAGCAUUCUAUAAGAUGCGAUUUUUCACAGGAAAGUGACGAGGACUACGGUAAUUUGAAUAAAGAAAAAAUGGAAGAUUCAAGGGAACCAGGUGCUCGUGUUUAUACGUUCAUAGAUGACAACGACGAACGCAGAGAUGAAAUAUACUAUGAUAAAUGGUGGCAGAAAUUUUGUUUGCGUUUUCAUCAACCGGACUCGACACCCUCCUGGAAACCUAAGUGGUGGACGCGGUUUUUCCCGUUUCCUUUAUUCUCAACGUACAGGCAAUCAGCUCUGAAAAUUUGCUUUAUCUUAUUCUUUCUUUUAACAUGGGGAAUACUUUAUGCCGAACUUGGCGAAGCAAUAGGUCUUCAUGGUGAACUUCUCGGAAUGAGUUUAUUAGUCAUAGCAGCGUACUUAAUAGGUUGGAUUUGGCUCAAAGUCACUACGUUACCGGCCCUGAUUGGCAUGUUACUGACCGGAAUACUUUUCCAAAAUUUCGGACUCGUAACUAUGACUGAUGAAUACAGAAAGUUAAAUCAAGAUCUAAGAAAGCUAGCACUGGUAAUUAUUCUUACAAGGGCGGGUCUAGGAUUAGAUGCUAAAGUGUUAAAAAAACAUUAUGCUGCGGUAUUACAGCUCGGCUUAUUGCCGUGGCUCGUUGAAUGCAUAGCUAUAGCCGUAACAACACAUUACCUACUACAUUUACCUUGGAUAUGGGCUUUCCUAUUAGGUUCUAUGAUAGCUUCAGUGUCCCCAGCUGUGGUUGUACCUUGUUUGUUUAGAUUACGCGACAUAGGUUACGGUGAAUCCAAAGGAAUACCGACUAUGGUAGUAGCUGCGGCAGCAAUCGAUGACUCCGUGAGCGUGGCUGUAUUUGCUAUAAUAUUGAAUGCAAUGUUUUCAUCGGGGUCAGUAACUUGGAAUAUAAUUAAGGGUCCACUGUCUAUCAUAGCUGGAGUUGCAUUAGGGUCGCUAUGGGGGGCACUGAUCUCGUUCAUACCAGAGAGUGGGGACACUCACGUUGUACCUUUGAGAUUUCUACUUUUAUUUUUAGGGGGAUUAUUCUCAUUGUUUAUAUCAAGUAUGAUCGAAUGGAGUGGAGCAGGUCCAUUAGCAAUAGUUUCAUCUGGGUUUGUGGCCGCAUAUUACUGGAAGAAACAAGGUUGGAUAGUCAAUAAAAAUCCAGUCAGUGAUUUAUUCAGAAUAUUAUGGAUAUUUUUCGAACCAAUAUUAUUUGCCUUUACUGGAGCUCAAGUCACAAUAAGCACUUUAGAUCCUGUUGUGAUUAAGAUGGGAGCGGUAUGCCUUGUAUCGUGCUUGCUAAUUCGCGCCGUUGCCACUUUUCUUGUCAGCUUCGGCUGUGGUCUUAAUUAUAAAGAAAAACUGUUUAUUAGUUUAACUUGGAUGGCUAAAGCUACAGUGCAGGGGAUAAACGUACACUGACUUAAUACGAAUUACUUAUGUUGAGUUGAUGUGUGGUGCUGACUAAGGGACGCCUGCACAAGAAUUAUCCCUACAAAAUUAGCACGUAGGUACAUUAAAUUGCGACUGAUGCUGUUAAACAAUGCACUUUUGCAUUUAUUGCCACCUCGUUGGUAGAGCGGUUAUGAAAUAUAGCUGCCAGUCAAUAUAAAUAUGUAAAAGACAUUUGAUGUUCGGGAUCUAUGUUUGUUUUGUUCUUCUCUCGUAUUUGCGUCUCCGCUAUCCAUAACUCAAGAAAAUCCUGAAGCUCUCCAAAUAUAUGUUCGAUGCUAAAAUUAAGCUGUCUGUAGUCUGGUGGUAGGACCUGUUGAGAGUCCGCGCGGGUAGGUACCACCACCCUGCUUAUUUCUGCCGUAAAGCAGUAACGCGUUUCGGUUUGAAGGGUGGGGCAGCCGUUGUAACUAUAAUUGAGACCUUAGAACUUAUAUCUCAAGGUGGGUGGCGCAUUUACUUUGUAGAUGUCUAUGGAGUCCAGUAACCACUUAACACCAGGUGGGCUGUGAGCUCGUCCACCCAUCUAAGCAAUAAAAUAAUUUAUAAUGAUAAUCAAUUUUAUCUUCAUACUACAUAAUUUGAUUCUGUAAAACAAACCUAAACCUAGUUUAUUUGGGGUUAAAGGCCGCAUUGGGUCCAGCCGCGCUGGAUUUGGUUCACAG